UGUGGUCAAUUUUGUGUGGUAAAACGAUGGGAGCUUUUGGUGGGACGGAGGAUAAAGAUUACGUUUUACUGAGAAAUGUUAAAGUGGAAUUCAAAGGAGAUGAUGUCUGCGAUGGUAGUGAGGGUGAAGAAAAUGGGGUUUUCAGUUUGUGUUUUUGGCUUUACAUUGACAGCUGUGCUUGUUACCCUUCUGUAGUCCUGCUUCAGAACCACACCAAGUUAACAUCUAGUGUGCCUUUCCUAUGGUUGGAUGAUAAGAAAAGGAUGAAGCUCUUUCCUUUGCUAUUUCUACAUGAAGAGGCCCCUGGUGCCAGUAUCCCGACACCAUGGGUCGAUAUUCCGUGUGCCUCGACCGAGUUUGAGUUUCCCGUCAAGAAAUGGGUUCAUGUGGGAUGUGAGGUUUUGAGGGAUCUCGUGAGACUUCAUGUUGAUGGGGAAAAUGUGGACGAGAAGCCUUUGACUUGCUCAAAGAAGGACUCUCAUGAAGAGUCCCUGAAAGGAAUGUAUUUGGCAUACCCUGAUGAAAAUGAGGAUAUAAUCCACGGUUAUGUUCAUGGACUCGAUCUCAUGUUCCCUUCAGCUGUUGUCAAAAGCCACUAUGUUAAGGAUCCUCCAAUGAGACUAUCAUUUGACCAUUCAAGUGCAUCUGAGAUUGAAGAAGACACUGAUGGUGUGUGGAGCAUUGUUGGAGGCAAGGCAUCUUGCCGGAGGAGCUUUUCUUUAGAUGUCACGUUACUGGACGCGUUUGAUUGUAUUAUGCACAAAGAAUUAGAGGUUGUUGCAUCCCUUUAUUAUGCUGAUACCGAGACCCCCGUUGAGAACAGUUCAGAUGCAGAAUCUCCCCUACUCACGAGCUAUGAUGGGCACGAAUAUGCUUCUCAUGAUAGACCUUGUAAACUAACUAACGGACGUGCUUCCUUUAAGCUCAAAAUAUCUCAGCUGUCAUCAAAGUGCGAAAACCGGCUUUUCCAAAUUAAAUUCGACACGCCAAAAUACGGGAAAUAUCCUUUCCUCGAAACACUCUCCCCUCCCAUUCGUUGUGUUUCGCGGAGUAAGAAUAUCCGAGCUGCCCCACAGAUGUGUAAGAAGUCAUCAUCCAAUAAAAUAAUUGGCUGUGGUGAUCCCCAUGGUUUUGUUGAUGGCUCGUUGGAAAUGAUUUCCAAUAUAGUACGUGAAGCAAAACCGAGCCCAUCUUCCAAACGGGUCAAACUAGGAAAUGAUAAUAUACCAUUUGCAAUGUCCAAUGCCUGCUAUAAUAGCUCGCAUGCUUCGGCUAGUUUCGAGAAUAACGCUUACGGAGCGAAUGUGAUGAGGAUGAGACCAGUGAACCAAUCGGGGGCCGAGAACAACAACUCUUCUGCUUCGGAUAACAGCGAAGCAACUAAUUUUGACCCGAAAGUCAAACUCAGCUUCGCGAGUCCGAUUUCGGACGUGAUAAUUUUCAAGUACUGCUUGGGGGGUCUCGCCGAGAGGUGUCAACUGCUUAAGGAACUUGCUUUCUCGGCUAGCGAGGAACAAUUGGCAAAUUUUGCCGAGCAGGUCUCUUUGUUUUCUGGGUGCUCUCAUCAUCGGCAACAGAUAAGAAUGGCAAAGAGAUUGGUCGAUGAGGGGAUUCGUGUUUGGAGUUCAGUACCGGAGAACAAUAAACAUGUUCUGUGGGAGGAUUUGAUUUUCAAGAUGAAUGAAAGUUUCAUGAGGAUAAGCUACUCUACUCGUUCCUUCACGGAUCAGGACUUUGAGUGCCUCAGGAGGAUAGCGGGCUGCCGAGACUUAGUCUCCCAAGGAGAUUUCGAACGAGUGUGGUCAUGGUUGUACCCUGUUGCUUGUACUUUGUCACAACCGGCAGUUAAUCCGAUGUGGAAUUCGGUAUCACCCGUUUGGAUUCAAGGAUUCAUCACAAAGGAAGAAGCCGAAUAUGCACUUGAGGGUCCUCAAGAACCCGGAACAUUUGUCCUACGAUUUCCCACAUCGAGAAGCUGGCCCCACCCAGAUGCCGGUAGCCUAGUCGUGACUUAUAUCGGUGGGGACCACAGAAUUCGCCAUCGUUUGCUUUCCUUGGAUUUUAUUAACAGUCUCAAAGACGACAACAAAAAAUCCGAGCAUUCGUUGGGGUAUCGUACAGUUUAUUUACUCGAAGGAUAUGACUGUAAGGCCACUACAGGAGUUGUUGCUUCAAGAGCCCGAACUCUUGCGGUUGGGACAGAUUAUAAGACGUUCUUCAUAGAUUUUCAUCCUUUCAUCUGGCAAUUGCUGACUGUCGAUAAAGGCAGUACAGGGCAUGCAAUGCCAGCAAUUUCUGUUUAUUCACAAACUAUGAUAGCUAUGAUUGAGUAUUUGAUCAGCUUGGAGUGUCGCAUCCAAUUUCUAGUAAAUGAAGUAGUGGUUCGGGCUGGGCCGAACUGGGCUCACCAUAACCAGCCAAAAAUUAUGGGUCCUAUUAGGCCCGGUUCCUCAGUUUGUAACAUGGGAAUAUCACUAGCUGAUCCAUCACAGAAAACAUGGUGCGUGGCCAAGCCCUCGUCUGACGUGGCAGCUCUGAACAGCAAUCUUUACUACGUUUGUGUACAAAUCGGGUUGGACUGCUCGAUUUUCCAGCCAGGCCACCCUUGUUUUCAGCCUGAUAACCUUGUGAGCCAUGCUUCGGUUGCCAUGAACCUUUACUAUCAGACUUAUGGAAGAAACACUUGGAAUUGUGAUUUCAAAAAAUCGGCACUCACCGUGACAACCGAUCCAAGCAGAGCCGCAGAGGAGUCUGCGGACCAGUCACCAGCGGAAGGCGAUGGCGUUAGGCCCGGUUGUGGAGUUGUGGCAAAUAGCGAGCCGCCGAGCCGGGCGAAGUAA